AUGGUUCUUAAGGAGGUGAAGGCUAAGUGCAUUGCAUAUGCUGCUCCUGGACCUCAUGUGUUCCUGAUCGUCGUCAUGGCAGGCAGAUUCACUAAAGAAGAAGAAGAAACAGUGAAGAUCAUUCAGAAGCUGUUUAGAGAACAGGCUGCACGUUACACCAUGGCCCUGUUCACCCAUGGAGAUGAUCUGGAGGUAGAAGGCGUCACCAUAGAAAAAGUCAUUGGUAAACGUAAGGCUCUCAGAUCCUUCCUCGAUCAGUGCAAAGGAGGAUACCAUGUUUUUAACAACAGAAAUGAAGAUCCUGCUCAGGUCCAUGAGCUGCUGGAGAAGAUCAACAGAAUGGUUGAGAGAAAUGGAGGAAGCUACUUCACGAACAUGAGGUUCCAAAACGCUCAGAAAGACGUGAAAAAGAAGAUGAAAAUCGUGAAGAUCCUCUGA